UUGUCGUUGUGAGUGAGUGCAGGUUUUAAGCGCGUGCACAUGCAUGUGGCAUCUCGGCAAUGACGCUGAAACGGCGACGUAUCUUCAUAUUCUCUGGAUAUGAGGCGGGGAAAUGUUCCAUAUGAUGUUAUGUGCAGAAACAAGAGCAUUUUGGCCAUGAUUUACGGAUUAUGGGCUGUGUUUGUGAUUCAUUUGGGCUGUGAGGAGUCCGGGUCGAUGGACGAUGGAUGCAGUAAUUCAGCCUCGAGAUCACUGGAAGAAUGGAUCGUGACGUCAGAACCGCUGGAUAUGAGGCUUAUUUUGGUGCUGAAGGAGGUUCAUUUAGAAACUUUUCAAAAUAUUUACAAUUCCGAAUUGAACGAAUGUUUUGCAAAGGCAUUUGGGGCUGACAGAAUCCCACUUCUGUGGACCUAAUGAAGCCAGUCAUGGCUCUCUGGAGAAGACCAGGGACCAGAGCCAUUGUUUCAGAGCUCAACCCUUCAGCCUCUAGCACUGCGCCUGAGGGAAGUGAAAAUCUCUAUGGAGAUGGAGUUGAUCCAGUUCCUGAGGAACUUCGGAAUGACAAGCUGGACGUCCAACCACCCUCACCUACGCCAGCUAGGUCCUGUCUGAGUGAUGGGUCUGGGGACGACUCCAUCCGAGGCGAAAGCCCCCUUCAGCCGGAUAGCAUGGAAGAAGACUCGCUUUCCGAGUAUGAUAAUGUAGCAUCCGGGGAAGAAGAGGAGGAGCAUGAUUAUGAGGAAGAUGAGGAACUGCAAACUGAAGCGGAUAGGAUGACCUACUAUGUCCACUGUUGUCCCGAGGAUGAAAGCUACAUGGAAGGAAUGGACUGCCAUGAAGGUGCAGAUGGUGCUGAGUGUCCCGGCACAUCUCGGAAAGUCCGGGAUAGCUGUAAACCAGAAAAGGCUUGGGAACACUCUGAAGGCUUUUACAAGGCACCGCAGCAAGAUGCACCAACGAUGGUCUACAAACACCCAGAGCCUAUCACAGAGACAACCUUCGUACAAGCCCCCAUGGCUGAGGACGAGGAGGAUGAAGAAGAGACUGAGGAAGAAGGAGAAGAGGACAGCGAAGAAGAAGACAAUGAUGGGUUUGUUCACUAUGAAGGGAAAGAAGUGGAGUUGAACAACAAUGAGAUCCCACAUAAAGGCGAUUGUUCUGAAGUCUUUCCCAGAGUCGGCAGAAAUCGUCCCCAAGAUUCCAGUCAUGAUAAAGUGGGGCAAGAAACUGAAUCAGUUAGUAACUAUAGAAGGAACCAGGAAACCCCCAAACAACCAAGGGAUAUCCCUCCAGGGUCAAGCUGUGCUCCUAGGAAUCGAAUGGAAAGCGUUCAGGAAGAGUGUGCUAGUGACUGUCCAAAAGAUUGUGAUGUCCCAGUGGUCAGAGAGUGUAGAGGAGACUCUAGACAAAGUUUCAGAUUUAGAGGACAUCAUUUGGAAAGAGCACACAACAGAGACAUUGCUUACCAGGACAGUAAUGGGGUCAACAAUAAAGCAAAAUUUGCAGAUCCAGAGGACAGAGGUGCUUGGAAAAAAAGGCAUUUGCUAAAAUACCCUAUAGAGGACGACAGGGACGGAGAUGGGAAACAUUCACACGAGCAAAGUAAAAGUCCUGGAGACAGCAAAAACAGAGGACAUGACCGUCCCAUUUGUAAUCACAAACCAAAGGGUGGAAAAGAGACAAGGGGCAAUGGGGAUGUUGAGGAAGACCAGAUUGCAAUCGGCGUUAAGACCAAACUUAAAAUUGCUCUAAACAACUCAGGAAGGAACAAAGGUGCACCUGAUCAAACAAAUAAUGGGAAAGGGGCUCCUGACAGUUCCAGGACCUCUUCAACAUCAUCAGGCAGGAGAAACAGCGAAUCCAGAGCCCAUGUUAAUACACCUGUACAGUCCCCAAACAAAUGGCUGCAUAAAGACUUGGCCAAACCUGUUGAAAUGGAGAAGACAAGGCCUAGUCAGGAACAGGUUUCUCAGAGUAGUCCAGAGGAUAGUAGUACAGAGCCUCCAUCCGGACAAAAGAGACCGCAGACCCAGAGAAAUCCCUCUUUUCCAAGCUUUGUGGAUAUCCCUGGUCCAUGUGAGCCAGAAGAUCUCAUCAAUGGAAUCAUCUUUGCUGCAAACUACCUCGGCUCUACCCAGCUGCUGUCCGAAAGAAACCCGUCUAAAAGUGUGCGCAUGAAGCAAGCGCAGGAAGCUGUGGACUGUGUUAAGUCUGUAGAGGGUGAAUCUCAGAGCUUGACUGAGAUUGACUUGUUCAUCUCAACCAAGGCCAUUAAGGUGCUCAAUGCUGACACACAGGAGACGAUGAUGGACAACGCCCUCCGCACCAUCUCAUACAUCGCAGACAUCGGUAACGUGGUGGUUCUGAUGGCCCGCCGGCGUCUGUCUAACUCCUCCUCACUCGACUGCACAGAAUCAGACCUCAACACAGAAAGUCGGAAGCAGUACCGCAUGAUAUGCUACGUCUUUGAGUCAGAGGAUGCCCAGCUCAUCGCACAGUCCAUCGGUCAGGCGUUCAGCAUGGCCUACCAGGAGUUCCUCCAAGCCAAUGGGAUCAAUCCCAAGGACCUCAGCCAGAAAGAAUACAGUGACAUACUGAACACACAGGAGAUGUAUAAUGACGACCUCAUCCAUUUCUCCAAUUCUGAAAACCUUAAAGAGCUUCAUCUAGAGAAGCAGAAGGGGGAGAUACUGGGUGUGGUGAUCGUGGAGUCGGGCUGGGGCUCCAUCCUGCCCACCGUCAUCUUGGCCUGUAUGCUGAACAACAGCCCUGCCGCCCGCUCCGGCAAACUCAACGUGGGCGAUCAGAUCAUGGCCGUCAACGACACCAGUCUGGUGGGCCUGCCCCUCGCCACCUGUCAGGGCAUCAUCAAGGGCCUGAAGAAUCACGUUCAGGUGAAACUGAGUGUAGUGAGUUGCCCACCUGUUACUACCGUCCUCAUAAAGAGACCAGACCUGCAAUACCAGCUCGGUUUCAGCGUUCAGAAUGGAAUAAUCUGUAGUCUGAUGCGUGGAGGUAUUGCCGAGAGGGGAGGGGUGCGUGUCGGCCACAGAAUAAUUGAGAUAAACGGACAGAGUGUGGUGGCUAUGGCCCAUGAGAAAAUCGUCCAUGCCCUUUCAGUAUCUGUAGGAGAGAUUAACAUGAAAACUAUGCCAGCCGUCAUGUUCAGAUUGUUAACUGGUCAAGAGACUCCGGUGUACAUAUAAGGAAUCUGAGACUUUCUCCUGCAACAUUUACAGCUCCUCCUAAAAAAAAAAGCAGAAAAAUAUUCAAGAGCUCUGUCUUGCUUCAUGUGGCUGCGGACUGCAUGUUAAGAUCAUUAGAAAGAGUGCAAACAUGCACACAUAAUCACAUAAUUACUUUAUCAAAGGGGGCUGUUACUUGCUUAUUAAUGUAAUUAUACUGACAGUCUUCCAUGGCAGACUUAUUAUAUAUGUUAAAUGCCUUUGGUUCAAGCCUUUUUAAGUACUAACAAAGUACUUAUGAGUUAAAAAUACCAACUGACUGGUUACUGACGAUUUAAUCGAUAAAGUAGGGCAUUAUCAAUACAUUUAACUAACAAAACUCAUUUCACAAUCUCAAAAAUUGGACUCAAGCAUGCUAAAAUCCAAAGAUUACUGUUACAUUUGCUUUGAGUUGUUCUGGCUGUCCUCAGUGUCUCUGUGAUAAAUGGGUACUGUACACUAUGAAUGAUUCAUUUCUGUAGAUUACUAGUUCAGCAUGCCGGAUUUGAAGACUAAAAAAUAUACUAAUCAGAAAACCUGAGCUGCAUUCAUGUUCAUGCAUGAUAUUAUAAAUAAUGUAUAUAGAAUGAAAGGAGUCUGAUUUAUCUCAUGAAUGAACCCCAUCUGCAUUUGACAUGUAAUUUUAGUGCUUUUAAUUUUUUCUCUGAGCAUUAAAUCCACACACAAAUAUCAGUGUUAUUUUAGUAUCAAUUAUAUACUGUUAAUAUUUUGAAUUAGAUUUUAUUUUUAUAUUUUUUGUUUUUAUUUUAAUUUUGGUCAUUUUAAUUAAGUUGUGCAUUUUAGCCAUUUUUAUUAAUUUGUGCACUUUUUAUAUGUCUAUAGUUUUUAUUUAGUUUUAGUUUAAUUGCUUUGAUUUAAAGUAAAUAAAUAGUUUUUAUUUUUUUUUAUUUUAUUUCAGUUAUUAGUAAUGAACAGUGAUAGGAAGGUUACUUUGGAAAUGUAAUAGGUUACAGAUUACAAGUUACCCUUUUUAAAAUGUAACAAGUAGUGUAACUUACAAUUACUUUAUUAAAGUAAUGUAACUGAU